GACAAGCGUCAGAGUUAUCAAUAGACCAUAGAGAUGUAUACCAUAGAGAUGUAUACUAGUAACGCGUAGUUAGUAUACAUCUCUAUGAUGUAUACUAAUUAUUACGCGUUAUUAGUAUAUAUCUCUAUGCAAUAGACAGAGUGGCGAAACCGGAAGUGUGCUCUGAUUGGUCCGAUAUUUCAUGGAGCCCCAAUUAGUUACCUCUGGCAUAUUUUCUGCGCUUGUGAUCUUCUGCUUAGUGCAUGCCUCCGGAAAUUUCAAUAAACUACACGUUUUCUCACAUUCAAUGAUUAAAUACCUCGACACUUUCAACUCAUGGAUAUAUUUUCUAGACGCCAAUACAGGUUCUGAGAACUGAUUUGGUUUAGAGCUCUUUCUGGUUUCAUUCUGGUCUGGAGAUGGACUCCAGCUAUCCAAAAGUCGUCUUGGUGUUCAGUGGAAAACGCAAAUCUGGAAAAGAUUAUACAUCUGCUUUACUGGCAGAAAGGCUUGGAGAUAUUUGCACAAUACUGACUCUUUCUGCACCAUUGAAACAUCAGUAUGCAGAGAUCCAUGGCUUAGAUUACAAUCAGCUGCUCUCAGCGUCGUCCUAUAAAGAGUGUUAUAGACAUGAUAUGGUAGUGUGGGGUGAGAAAAAGCGAAAUGAAGAUCCAGCAAUAUUCUGCAGACUUGCCACUCAAAAUGUUUCCCAUCAACACAAGGUAUGGCUAAUCAGCGAUGCAAGACGCAAGACUGAUGUAGCAUACUUCAAGAAGAUGUACUCGGAUAGAGCUAAGCUUGUUAGGGUUGAAGCUGAUAAAUCUGUCCGAGCUUCAAGGGGUUAUGUCUUCAAGAAAGGAGUAGAUGACAGUGAAACUGAAUGUGGUCUAGAUGAAGGAGUAUCAUGGGAUGUCAUCAUUACAAACAAUGGAAACCAAGAUGACCUAGAUAGUCAACUCACACACGUAAUCAGCAGUAUACAACAUGGUUUGAUAAAUGAAACAGAUGUAUCAUGACAUUACAAGUAAUCUAUAUUUUUGUAAUUUUAAGAGAAUCUAUUAACAAAUAUGUUGCAAUAUUCAUCAAGUUUUGCCAAAUAAUGAAUUAAUUAAUGGUAAUUAGUAAAUUUGUGGAGAAUUUGCAAUCCUUUAGGUCAGAUAGGAAUGUCCAGAGCUAUCUGUGAUUUAUCAAAGAUAUCUAUGAUAUCAGUAUAAGGGUACCACUGUAUUAUGAACAGAGAUACCAACCCUCUGGAUUCCAUCAGAACUUAUUAAGGCUCCCGAAUAUUGCUAGCAACAAUGGCCUCAAAUCUUUCCUUACUCUCAGCACCUUAACCCUUAACCCUAUCUUAACUGGGCUAUUUCAGACCAGUAUUAUACUGGGGGGGGGGGAUCAAUUUGACCCCCCUCAGAUCUCGGCCGCUGAUCGCGCGAUCGCCACGAAAAUUUGCACGUGCGUAGAGCCAUAUGUAAACUACAAGACUGUAUAGUAAAAUUCUUUAAAAAUUAAUUCUUCAUAUUUUUAUUUAAGUAACUAUGCAAAUAAGCGUAUAUGAAAUUUGCCCUAAAUUUUGUUUUUUGUGUAUGUUUUUGCCUUUAACUCAAUUUAUAAAGCUAGUAGAAUGCUAAUUUUUGGUUGGAGUAUCAAUUAUUCCAUUUCUAACAAAUAUCUACAAAAAAUUGCAAAAAUAUAAUUAAUUUCUUGUGUAUUUUAUUGUUUUUUAAAUUCUUAUGUAUUUCUUUGUUUUUUCAAACCUUUGUUUUUUAUUGUUUUUUCCAAUGAACUUUGUCGGGGACCCUUGUGCGAUCAUAAAUAGCAUAAAAUAAAUCAAUUUAAACCGACAAAAGUAAAAAUAGAAAGUCAAAAGGGGCCUAAGCUUUCGAUCCUAGCAGAAUCUUCGCCGGAGGCAAAAUGACAAACAUAUAAAGUGGAACAACCAUAAUAUAGACCACAGACAAGCUACAGCAACACUAGAAACAAGGAGACAAAAGGGGCAUUAGUGAGUAGAGAAGACCAAUCAGGUUAGUGAAGGGGAUGAAAGAAAAGGAGUAGGCAGACACAAAGGGAAGUUAGUGUAAGUAAGGUCAGUAAAAGACCUCAAGCCAAGAGGGAUUAAGAUAAUGAGGCAGGCAACAUCAAACAGGAUCUGGAACAAAACAGUGAUAGAGGGUAUGAGGAAGAGAUAAAUAACAAGGGAAUUAGCAUAAUAAACUGGUGCAUAAGAGUAGGAAAAACAGGAAAAGAAUGGGGAACAACUGAUAAUGUGCAAAGAUAUAUGAUAAAGCAUUAAACAAACUAAGAGAAGAAGGUAAGUGUAAAUAUGUAUCUAUAAGUGAUAUGUAUAUAAAUACAUCCAAAAAAGAAAUGUAUAUGAAAAAAUAUAAAUACACAUAUGGUGUAACUAAAAGUAAAAAUAAUCAUACAUUAUGAUUUUUGGUGGAAAAACACAAUUUGCAUUGACUUUGUACACGGAAUCACGUUUUUGAGCAAUUUUGGGUCUGACAUGCACUUACAAAAUGUUGCGUAAUUUCAGAACCGCGUCCCCGGGCGUCGCAAUUUUGGUCUCAAAAGAUGCGCAAGACUUGAAAGUAAAAAGUCAGUGAGCGGCGCGAUCAAAAAACUUUGCGCGACGGUGUAGUGAUGAAAUUUGUCGAGGGGGGGUCAAAUUGACCCCCCCCCCCAGUUUGAUAAGGGUUAAGGACUGGGCUAUUUGAGAUGUAUAGAGGACUUGGGGCAGGGGGCCAUGAUGGCCCCCCUUCUAAUCUCGUCCCCCAUUCGCGUCAGAAUUCGGCAUGCAUAUUCCUUACCACAUAAAGUACAAGCCAGUAUAAAAAAAAUUCUGAAAAUAAUGAUUUUUUAUUUAUUAUGAAUAGAAGAUUCAAAUUUAUUUAUGUAAAUGAUUAUUGAACAUCCAAUUUCACUUCAAUUUUUUUUUUUCCAGAUGUCAUCUUUGUAAUCACAUUUAAAGGUUUCCACAAAUAAAAUUUGCAAAAGCCAAUUUUUUCCUGAUGCAUUUCUUUGUUUUUAGAAUUUAUGUAUUUUUUGUUUCAUCCUUUGUUUUUCACUGUUUUUUUUUCAAUGGAAAUUAUUACAGACCAUUUAACAACUAAAUUAAACCCUGAAUUAAUUAAGCAGACCAACUAGAACAAAAAAUAAUCACCCUUUUAAGAAUUUCAUCUCCCAUAGACUUUGUACACGAGGUAUAAAAAUGAGCCAUUUUCGGCAUGACAUUGUCUCGUGAAGUCAUUUGGCUUCGCGAUGCUAUACCCGUAUGUCGCAAAUUCGGUCUCAAAUGUUGCGCGAGAUUUCAAAGAAAAAAUGUCAUAAUGUUUUGCAGCGCUAUCUUUUUGCAUUUUGGAAAUAUCACACGAAGCAUUGAGGGAGUUCAGGUCCUUUUAGGGUUAAUCCCUCCAAAAAAUUAAAGGUCAAGUCCAACCCAGAAAAAUGUUGAUUUAUUUUUAUUUAUUUUUUAUUUUAUUUUUUUUAAUUUCCAGGCAAAAGACAAUAAGAAUGUAUACAAGAGGAAUAAAUUACCACCGACUAGUGCCUGAGGAUGACUAAAAGAAAAACUAGUUUCUGUUAUGAAGCUCUCCUCACUAGUCGGGGUUUACAAAUAUACAAAAAUAAAAUCAGAUAAAAUGGCAAUAUAUGUUUAGAUGCAUUACUUAUUAAAACAAAGAACUUAUUAAUAAAGAGUGUUUGUUUCCAUGUGCAAUUACAUGUAUAAUAUCCAGUCAAUAUGAAGUGUUAAUGUAUUUAAAUAAACAACUUUAUGAUAUUAUCAGAUAGUCAA